AAGUCGGGUAUGAGCCACCAUCUGCUGAUCAAACGCCAUUUCUCGGAUUCGUUUGGUUCGAAAUCAGACGAAUGAUGGAGACAGCUCUGCUCCGGUACUGCGUCAGUUUUUCCGGUCAUCCCCACCACAAGAAAGUCGCCGCUCAUCACAGAAUCGACGGCGAGAUUCCAAGACCGAAAUCAAUCCCGGGAGGACGCGAAGACGAGUGGUGUGCUAGAGUUUUGAGUAGAAGAUCGAUUUUAGCGACGGCUUCUGGGUUCUCGUUGGUCUCUUCGACGGCUUUAGGGUUUCCAGGGGAAGGAUUCGCCGUCGUCAAACAGGGUCUUCUCGCCGGAAGAGUUCCUGGUCUGUCCGAACCUGAUGAUGAAGGUUGGAGAACAUACCGUAGACCAGACGAGAAGUCAGGAGGGCAUGGCGUUGGCUGGAGUCCUAUUAUCCCUUACUCCUUUUCGGUUCCUCAAGAUUGGAACGAGGUACCUGUAUCGAUCGCUGAUCUUGGUGGCACCGAGAUUGACUUGAGAUUUGCUAAUCCUAAAGAAGGCCGCUUGUCUGUUAUUGUCGCUCCCGUUCUAAGAUUUGCAGAUAAUCUUGGGGAAGACGCAAAGAUUGAAAAUAUUGGACCACCAGAGAAGGUGAUCAACGCAUUUGGACCGGAAGUUAUUGGAGAAAACGUGGAAGGGAAAGUGUUAAGUUCAAAUGUAGCAGAACACGAUGGGAGACUCUAUUACCAGUUCGAGCUAGAGCCGCCUCAUGUACUGAUCACCGCAACAGCUGCCGGAAACCGCCUUUACUUGUUCAGUGUCACCGGCAACGGGCUUCAAUGGAAGAGAUACUACAAGGAUCUGAAGAGGAUAGCUACUUCGUUCCGUGUUGUUUAGAGGCAUUUUCUGUUUUUUUUUUUAAUUUUAUUCAUCGGUUCUUCUACAAAUGACUCAACAGUUUAUGGAUGAUCAAUCGUACUUAAUGUAAAUUUGUAUAAGGUUGACUGGUUGAGUAUCCUGUAAUUUUACAGUUGACCAAAUACGAGCAGUAAACCAAGUUUGGCAUGGG